UUAGUUCACAUCAAUGUCAGGAUUAAAAUAACCAAUAACAAGCACACCAACUAUUUAUUGAGGCCUCAAAGCAUCCCCAGAAUAGCUCCCAAAAAAAAUCAAAGGAGAUGGUGAAGCAGGAAAACAGUGAUGAGGCUGAAGCAGUUACUCAUCCACUCUUGCAGGACCUCAAGUCCUUGGAAGGUCAAAACUCAUCAUCAUCAGAAAAAGGCGCUUCAUUUUCUGGGGCUGUCUUCAACAUCUCAACCACAAUGAUUGGAGCUGGGAUCAUGUCAAUUCCAGCAACCAUCAAGGUCCUAGGCAUAGUUCCUGGGUUCAUUCUCAUAUUGUUGGUGGCCUUGGUUGUGGAGGUCACAGUGGAGUUCUUGCUCAGGUACACAAACUCAGGCGAGUCUUCUACCUAUUCUGGCAUGCUGGGUGAGUCUUUUGGACCCUGGGGUUCCAUUGCUGUGCAAAUUUGUGUCAUUAUCACCAACCUUGGCUGCCUCAUCAUUUAUUUCAUUAUCAUUGGGGAUGUUCUAUGUGGAAGUCAUUCUGGAGGAACCUUGCACUUGGGUAUUUUACAAGAAUGGUUUGGCUUCCACUGGUGGAAUUCUCGUGCUUAUGCGCUUCUCUUCAUUGCACUCUUUGUGAUGCUUCCAUUAGUCUUGUUACGCCGAGUAGAGUGCUUGUUGCUUAAUUACAGAUUCACUAGGCACACUUCAGCAGUGUCCAUUCUGCUAGCAGUGGUUUUUGUUGUCAUAUGUUCUGCAAUGGCAAUUUACGCAUUGUGCAAAGGGAAGACUCAGAAACCGAGACUAUUUCCGGAUUUUGCACAUCAAGUCUCAGUAUUUGAUCUUUUCACCACCAUCCCAAUUCUUGUGACAGGUUUUGGAUUCCAUGUCAAUAUUCAUCCAAUUAGAGCAGAGCUUGGUAAACCUUCUGAUAUGAGAUCAGCUGCUCGGAUUUCUCUUGUGAUCAGCAUCAUCAUUUACUUUUCUAUCGGUUUCUUUGGCUACCUAUUGUUUGGCGAUUCGGUAAUGGAUGACAUACUAGUAAACUUUGAUCAAAGUUCUGAUUCCACAAUUGGGCAGAUAAUCAAUGACAUUGUUCGACUGAGCUAUGCAGUUCACCUCUUGUUUGUGUUUCCUAUCAUGAACUUUUCCUUAAGGGCCAACAUAGAUGAACUGCUUUUCCCAAAUAAGCCUAUUUUGGCCCAAAGCACCUCAAGAUUUCUGUCCCUCACUUUUGUGCUGCUCUCCUUUACAUACAUUGUGGCAAUAGCUAUCCCAAGCAUAUGGUACUUCUUUCAGUUCAUGGGAUCCACUACCGUAGUUUGCCUCUCAUUUAUAUUCCCAGCUGCUCUCAUUCUUAGGGAUGGGCAUGGUAUAUCAACAAGAAGGGACAAGAUAAUUGCAAUAUUGGUGAUUAUUUUGGCUGUGGUGACAAGCUCAAUUGCAAUGUCUACCACUCUUUACAAUUCAGCUCAAGGCUAGCCAUCAUAUUAUUAUAAACUGCUUUACUACACUUGAAGUCAAAGAGGCUGAACUUGGCAGAUUAGGCGUAGGUUUUUGAAAGCCACACAAUCUGCCUCAGUGUAUAAUACAUUGUACACGUAUUUGUUCUACUAUUAGUGACUAUGGAAUUCAUCAAAUUUGUCCUCGCUGUAAUUAUCUUCUGCAAUAAAUCUGUAGUAACUUUGAGACAUCAA